AUGUCCGGUUACUACAACAACGAUCAAUACAACCAAGGCUACGGCCAGCAGCAGGGUGGUUACCCUCAGCAGGGCUACGGUGGUCAGCAAGGCGGUUACCCCCAGCAGGGCUACAACCAGCAGCAGGGCGGCUCCGGUGAAUACUACAACCAGCAGCAGCCUCAGCACCAGCAGCAAGGCUACGGCCAGCAGGGAUACUCCCAGCAGGGUCAGCAGGGCGGUGCUGGCGACUACUACAACCAGCAGGGCCAGCAGGGCCAGCAACACUACGGCGGCGAGCAGCAGCAGUACGGCCAGGACUCCUCCCGACAGGGUUACUACAAUGAGCAGGAGCAGUCUGCCCCCGGUCAAGCCCAGGAGGGUGAGCGUGGUCUCGCCGGUGCCCUUGCCGGUGGUGCCGCUGGUGGUUUCGCUGGCCACAAGGCCAACCACGGCUUCCUCGGAACGAUCGGUGGAGCCAUCAUUGGUAGCAUUGCUGAAGAUGCUAUCAAGAAGCACCGCAAGCACGAUGACGGUCCCCAGGGCUCUCCCUACGGUGGCCCCCCUGGCCCUCCUUCCAACAACGGUAGCAACAUGAUGGACCAGCUCGGUGGCUACUUCAAGCGCUAA